GAAGAAGAAAGAAAAAAAAAAAAAAAAAAACUUCACCUUCACACCCUCACUUCCCUCAAACUCCAUUUCCACCAACCUCGCCGCCAUGUUACCAGCGGCGACAUCAUGCCGGACCUCCAUGUGCAUCUCCCCCAAUCCGGAGCAACAAAACCUCCUGCUACGAAGCGCCAAACCCAAAACCACCCUCCAAAAACACCCCCUCUACGAGACCACCCACUCCAACAUCUCCUUCCAAUUCAAGGAGAAAAUCCUCUGCCUCGAGAUCAUGGGCGUCGACUCCGGCCGCGCCCUCGCCGUCAACCCCGCCCUCCACACCGCCUCCCUCCACGCCAUCCACGACAUCGUCACCUUCCUCCAGUCCAAGGGCAUCCACCUCAAGGACCUCGGCAGAAUCUUCGGCAUGUGCCCCACCGUCCUCACCUCCGACAUCAAAUCCGGUCUCGCUCCCGUCUUCCAUUUCCUCUCCCACGACCUCCGCGUCUCCGAUCUCAAUUUCAGGAGAGUCAUCAAUAAAUGCCCCAGGCUCCUCAUCUCCAGCGUCAGGGAUCAAUUGAAGCCGGCUCUGCUUUACCUCCAGCGGUUAGGGUUCACGGAUCUGCACGCGCUGGCUUAUCAGGACCCGAUCCUGCUGGUGUCGAGCGUGGAGAACACGCUGAUCCCCAAGCUGAAUUACUUCGUGAGCUUGGGAUUCUCGAAGAGCGACGCGGUGAAGAUGGUUCUGAGAUGUCCGGCGCUGUUUACCUUCAGCAUUGAGAACAAUUUCAAGCCGAAAUUGGAGUAUUUUACCGGGGAGAUGAAGGGGGAAUUGGGGGAAUUGAAGGAGUUUCCGCAGUAUUUUGCGUUUAGUUUGGAGAAUAGGAUCAAGCCGCGACAUAUGGAGGUUGUACGUAGUGGAGUGAAGGUUGGACUGCCGCUGAUGCUCAAAGCCACUGAUGAAGAAUUCAGGGAACUGUUGAUGAGGAAAUGAGAUUGUUGGGAAGACUGUUAUGUGCAUUCAUAUAUGAUUGGCCAGGCUAGUAGAAGAGGAAGGAAUAUUAUCAAUAAUAAGGUGAGCAUGCCAUUUCCUCUUCAUCUUCUUUAGAUCCAUUUAGCUUCCUGGUAUUAAUAGUAUUGCUUUCUUGAUUUAUAGCUGUAUAAUUUGCUGCUUGAUAUGAUUAAGCUUCAUACAAUUAUUAGUUUAAUCUUUCCUAUAUACUAAUACACUAUACCGCCAGUGUUGUAAUAAUUGUCAUUUUGUGACGUAUCAUUUCGUUAAUCGAGCAGUCUUCAUGAUCA